AUGGCCGGGCAAAAGAAGAAAGGAAAAGCGGUGAAACAUCAAUCAACACCAGAUCUGACAGAUGCGACUAAUCCUGCAACUGUAGAUGGGGUCAAUUCUAGGGAGGGAAUGCGAACUCAGAUGAAGUCGAAGAAGGUUUCUAAAAGUCUAGAGAUCGAGUUGAAUCAAUUGGUGGCGGAAAUUGAGAAUACUUCCAAGCAAAAGGAGGACAAAUCUGUUAGUAAUCGAAAGGUGAGUCAGAAUCUGGGGGAAGCCAAGGUUUUAGAAAUGGGGGAAUCUAGUCGAUUAAGCUUGGGGUGUCCUUCUGGCAAGGUGUUGAACGCAGCUAGGGUUCAACCAGGCACAGCUCAAAGGCAACUCGAGUGGUCUAAGGAAGCGGCGAAGGUGAACAGUGGCAAUAAAUGGGGGAAAUUCGACAUCAACAAGUAUAGAUUGUCGUCUGGCAAGAUGCAAUUUGUGCAACCUCGUCAAAUUGAGAGCCAGAAUAUCGCAAAAAUCAAAGGAGAAUAUGUUCAGAAGGAAGCGGACUAUUGUUUAGUCAGUACUAUUGGUUGUCCCUUGCUAGCUGAUGGUUGUACUAUUAAGAAGAACCGAGUCCAGUAUGCUAGGGUUCUAGUUGAGAUGAAAAUCAGUGAGCCUGUGCUUGAUAAAAUCGUAUUUGAAGAUGAGAAGGGUAAUAUAAGAGUACAUAAGGUGGCAGUUCCCAAGGGUAGUAGCAAUGAAAUUAGGAAUGAUGAUACUAUGGAUCAAAGGAAGCAGGUUGCAACCAAUGGAGUAACAGGCCAUGAAGUACAUGGGAGUAACAUUAGUCUAGAUACUAAGGAAGCAACUGUUGUGCAGUCUCAGCCUGAGAUAGCUAGAAAAGAUGCAACCCCCUCAGUGACUAAUGUUACUAUUCACAAAAGAGUUGGGAUUAUGGAGAGUGGUUUCGAUCCUGGUCCCAAUUCCAAUGUGUAG